GCUAUGCGUACUGCGUGGUGACGUACGGGCUCCGCCCCUUUCUGCUCAGUCCCUCGGAGGGUGGGGGAGUUGGCUGAAAGAUGGCGGCGGAGAGUGCCAUCAUCCCGCAGCUAGCGGAGAGUAUAACUCCGAGCAGCCCCGCUGCCACUUGUAGCGGGCCCAUGGCGGGGGGUGACACUAGUAGUAAUGCACACACCUCCAUCCCCUGCCAGCAAGCAGAUAUUGUACUGGAUGAACAGACCAAAAGGGAGCUCUUUACGGACACAUUUUGCAAAGUGUGUAAUGCUGUUCUGCAGUUUGAAUCGCACCGAAUCUCUCAUUAUGAGGGCAAGAAACACGCGCAGAAAGUCCGCCUUUACUUUCUGAAGAAUGAACUGGAAGAAAUGGCUUUGAAAACUCAAAGAACAGACCGGGUUGAGUUCCACGUGGACGGAGAGGUAGCGCAGGGCAAACACAAGUUCUGUGGCCUCUGCAAUAUGGUGUUCAGUUCCCCUGUGGUGGCUCAGACACACUAUGUGGGCAAAGUCCACGCUAAGAAAAUGAGGCAGUUGGCUGGGGAACAAGUGGAAUGGACCCCACAGACUGACCAGGAUUUCGCCGCCGCUGCCGCCACCUCCCCUGUGGACUCACAAACAGAAAUAGCUGACUCACCGGCCGUAGAGCCGACUUGUGACAGACGUUGUGAACAGGAGGGGAGCGCCGAGCAGCAGUCGUGCCCCGACUACGAGAUUGAUCUGAAUGACCCAAACAAGUACUGCAAGCUCUGCUGCGCCUCCUUCAAUAAGGCCCUGGUGGCUCAGCAGCACUACAGCGGCAAAAAGCAUGCCCGUAAUCAGGCCCGCAAGAAAAUGAUGGAGGAAAUGGAGGGGACUGGUGUGGCUGACUCAGAGGUGAGUGAUGGUAGAUACGUGUGCCCAAUCUGCAAUAUCACCCUUACCUCAAUAGAAAUGUACCAGUCUCAUAUGCAAGGAAACAAGCAUCAGAUUAAAGAAAGCAUGGUGGCUAACCUAAUGAAAACCUCCAAGAAGAACUAUGACUCUUUUCAAGAUGAGUUAGCAGACUACAUAAAGGUCCAAAAGGCACGAGGGCUGGUGCCUAAGACUCAAUUCAGGCAAGAAAAGGACCAGUAUGACAGCUGUGAUUAUGAGGAGGAGGAGGAGCAGGAGCCCGAGCCCGGGCUGCUGCACGGACACAUUAACAGCAAGACUAAUGCCCCUUAUAAAUAUUUAGAUCGUCAUCCCGUUCCCUAUCCAGCGCACAACCCAUCACACCCCACUGAUCAAAGAGUCCCACCUUGGGCAGCACACUGGGAACAAGCCAGCAGGCCCCCAAAGGGACACCAUUUGGACCUACAUAAAGCGAAACACAUCUCCCGCUCUCCGACCAGUCAGGACUCGAGCGACAAUUCCAGCGGCUCAUCCUCGGACGAAAGCAGCGGCUCCUACAAGAAAGACAAAAGGCGUAAAAGAAAGCACCACAGAGAGAGCCGACUUCGGGGUUCUGGCAGAAUAAGGAGAGGCGACGAGAACAGUGAGAAGAGGAAAAGAAAGGGGGAAGAUGCCGAUUCGGGGAAAGAAGACAAUAAACACGACAGAGGGAAAACUUCGGGGGGUGACAAAGAUAAGCACCGGAGGGAAAAGAAGAAGAAAGAGGAGCAAAGCAAAAAACACAAGAAGCUCAAAAAGGAAGGGGAGCAAAGAACUGAGGAGGAGAUGCUCUGGGAUGAAUCCAUAUUGGGAUUCUGAAUCCACUGGGGCGAUGAACGUAGAUUUGGGACACAUUUUCUAAACCCAUCAUUGCCGGACGAGCAAUUAAAUACUGUUACAUUUGCGGCACAGAAUUAUGGUUAUAGAUGCAAAGUGAUUUUUUUUUUACCCAGACUGUGAAGGAAACCAACUCUCCAUAAAGUUGUAUUUCCCAUGCCCCUUUCACCUAAAUCUGUUUAACUUAUUUUAAUUUUGAUUUUUCCUUUUGAGUGAUUUUUUUUUUUUGAGAGAGAGUUUUCAGCAUAUUUACUUUGUAUUUGUUUUAAGCAUCAAGUCUCUCGGCGGCUCCAUAGAAGCUUCAUUUUACUGAGUGAAAACAGCGAAUCCCCAAACUCGCGGACAAAAAGAAUCAGUUUCUUUAUUUUCUGAAAUAUUUUUAUUCUGCAAUGAAUGGAAGGCCAGGCGUCCAGCUGACUCUGCUUUGUACAUGGAUUUCAGCCUGAAAACUAAUUUAUAAACUGCUGUAAUAAGAAAAUACAAUAACAGAAAUACAAAUUGACAAUGAAAUAGAGGGAGAUGUAUUGAAAUCAGUUUUUAUUUUCACAUGAGAAUUUAUUGAGCAAGACAAUGUAACCUAAGAUUGUGCUUAGUAUGGGGGAUCCCUGUGCCGGCAGAGAUUUAUAUGGAUAUGAAAAGGCAACACAGUGUUCUAAGCCUCCCCCCUUAUGGAUCAUUGUAUUGGGAUUAGAACACAAAAGGACAAUUAUGGGACGUGUGUGAAAUAAAAUGAAUCCUGUAAUGAACCCAA